AAGCCGUCUUGCACUUUUGGAUUAUUUUCUCAUUGCAUCCAUCUCGUCGCCUUCUCUGGUAAACACCAACCAGCUGAACAAGCAGUCCCUUCCUCCGCACUCCACGAAGAGAAAGCACAAAGCAAACCAUGUCCGAUCACAGUCGCGAUCCCUGCCCAUACUCAAUUGUCAAUGAUGUCGGUGUUGGUUUCUGCAUGGGGGCAAUAGGCGGGACGGUAUGGCACGGUUUCAAGGGUUACCGUAAUUCACCACGAGGCGAACGUUUCGCAGGCUCUUUGGCCUCUAUAAAAGCACGCGCACCAGUUCUUGGAGGAAAUUUUGCCGUCUGGUCCGGUCUAUUCAAUGCAGGAGACUGCAUGAUCGCUGGUGUUCGAGGGAAGGAGGACGCAUGGAAUCCUAUUAUCGCCGGUGCAGCUACUGGAGCGAUUUUGGCGGCUAGGAGUGGACCGAGAGUAAUGGCUAUUUCGGCGGUAUUUGGUGGAGCAAUUUUGGCUGUUAUGGAGGGUGUGAGUGCCAUGUUGAAUCGGAUGAAUGCGGAUACAUACAAGCCUCAAGCGCCGGCAUUGCCAGAGGGAUUCCAGCCUGAGACGGCCCAACAGCAACUGUCAAUCAUGUCAUCGCCCCAUGCUGGGGCACCACAACAAACUGCACCGCAGGAUGCAUUUAUGACCGAUGCUGCCGUGCAGAGUCAGGCGGCAGCACCAUCUCAGCGAAGGGGGCUCUUUGGUUUGUCUUCUUAGUGGAUCGUGUUGGGAUGUGAGGGUGCAACUUUUUUUUAUAUAUAAAUAUAGCAAUCUUUUAAAUAGAAUUCCACGCGUAGUUCAUUCCCAGUA